GCCGUCCUCCUCAUUCUCAAACAAUCAUGCGUGCGUGCACCAUGAAGGCGGCCACCGCCGUGCCGAGUAUCAUCAGGCACACCUUGGCGAAACCGAACCGAUCGUUUUGUCGUGUUGUCUUUUGUUUUGUUUGCUCUGCAACUCGCUGACUCCCCUCAUCAAUAAUCUUCUAAGUUCUUUGAACAUGGACCCUUCACUAUCGUUACCACCAGCUCUUUCAUCGGGACUUCCCUUGAGCACUGCCCACGCCCUGUCCUUCCUCUUCACAACAUCCUACGUUGGUUCGCUCUAUAUCUCGCAGCAUUUCUUCGGGACAUCUACUCCAAACCCUCGGAAAGCUCCAUUCCCUAAUACCGUUCGCUCGCAGACUGAACCUCUGCCACCUAUUUCAGCCACAGAUGCUGAUGGCCUGGGAGUCGAACAUGACCUCGGUCCGGAGCUUGGGAGUCGGGACCACCCCAUUACCAUCAAACGUCGAAUGAGGGCUGUUGCCUGUUCUACCCUUUUGAGCGUCGGCGGGGUGUGCUAUGUGGUGAAGCAGCUUGGUCAUUAUAGCUGGAAAGAAGCUAUCAGCCCUACUAUGGCUUUGUUGGGAGUUCCCACAGGCUUCGUUGUGCCAUCUCGAGCCCUGCCCUAUCUACUGACUCCAGGAUUGAUGAUAGGACCUCUGUAUGCCAUGUACUUAAGUGGAGAGGUGCCGGUGAUUGGAUGGAGGAAGAAGGGAGAGACUCUGUGGUCUACUCUGAAAAGAGAAUUUGGCUUGGUAGAAGUGAGAAAUUACAUCGUUGGCCCCCUGACAGAGGAAAUGGUAUUUAGAUCUACCAUAUUAGCUGUGUCACUUCUAGGUCGACUUUCUUUGAAAUCCUUGGUCUUCGGUACCCCUAUGUGGUUUGGUAUAGCUCACGCUCAUCACGGAUUUGAAAUGUACAAAAGGAAUGGAAGGAAUGGAGCAGCUGCUUUACAGGCCAUCUUGACUACUCUGUUCCAGCUCACAUAUACCACUCUCUUCGGCUGGUUCGCCUCUUAUCUCUACCUCCGCACAGGAUCUGUCUUGCCCCCACUGUCCGCACACAUCUACUGCAACGUAAUGGGUAUUUAUCUUCCGACUGUCGCUGUCAAGCGUUACCCGAAGAGGAAAGCAUUGAUCUUGGGAACGUACUUGGCGGGAAUCGUAGGGUUCUAUUUUGGCAUCAAGGUUUUAUAAGGUUAGAAGGCUUUGUAUCAACAUAUGUCAUCAGGCGAAGCGGAGGUUCAUGUGUGUACCCAUAACGUUGGAAAAGUAAAGCACUCAGUUGAACUUACACCCGGGCCCUCUAUACCAUUACUGGUUCAUAUGACCGACAUUAUUCAACACCUGCAGCCUUGAAUAUCAGUUUUCCUCACUAAAUUCUGUUCUCUUUGCCUUUAUAGUAUGUAAUAUCCCAACAGACCCAACAGUUAGCAAAUGUAUGCCAAUAAGCUCAGGGGCAGAGGAAAAAGAGGAUAAAAAUGAAGCGGAGGACCGGAAACUAACAGGCCGAUCGCCAUGUUUAGUGAUGCCACCUGAGCCUGGGCUGGGACAUGCUUCUUGAUCUGAGACUACAUUGGUGAAGUGGAAGUAAGAUAAGGUUAUGAAUAUAUAUAUAUCAUAUAUAUGGGGACGAUUGUGACGGUGUGCUCCUUGUUCUUAGCUUUCUCCCCUCCUUCUUGCCACCAGUCCUUCCUUUUCUCGACCUGUCACCCUUCUUGGACAACCACCUCUUCACCUUGGCAUUCCAUACUACCGUUACUUAUACCAUUGAUACUACCACACUCCAAUAUUCUAUACCCCAUAAACAACUCAAAGCCAUCUUACUUUUGCUGAGGCAAGCUGUAUAUGAGCGGAAUACAUCGUUAGUAUCAGGAAGGGCAAGAUCCGCGACUCGACGGCCAAACCUCGGAAAUACAGACGACAGAGGAUACCACCAUCGUGGGGGUAUCCUCAAUACCCAGCUCAUACUUGAAGAUGCACUGGACAUUCGUUUUAGGCAUUUUUCAAAGCAGUCAAUCUUACAAUCCAAAGGACGAUUAGUAAUCGGAUUUCACGGACACGUCCAUAUGCAUUAGUAGGGUUCUUACUUGUAUAUGUUAACUU